GCCGCUUCGACGCAAGCAAUCGCGGAGGGAGGAGACGUUCAACCCCUCGGCAACGCGCGAGGUCUCGAGACGGCCUCACUCCAGGGUCUGCCGAAGGAAGCGUCAAUUGCUCUCAUGGCUCUGCACGUGGCUGACCCCGACGCCGCCAUGCCAGUCAAAACCGUUUUAGUGGAGGAUGCGGCAGCAGGAUCAACUGGAGCAGCGGAAGAAGUAGGAGCAACAGCGGAAGGGCGCAGCCAGGAAUCCCCAGGCAGCUCAGAAGGCGGCCUGAAUCUACCAUCCGAUACAGCUGAAACUCACCUGGUGCAGGUGCAUCUGGCGACCAGCAGUUCGCCACUGGCGUGCGUCCCAUCCUGCACGAGGGCAGGCCCCUACUGCCGGACCUGAAGCGGGAGAUCUGGGAGAAGCCUCCCCUAGGUAGCGCCGUCCCUGCCAGGGAGGA